CCCCCGGCAGGGCAGGCAGCUCGGCGGCCGCCGCCGCCCGGCCUUCCCGGAGGCUGUGCUCGCCCGGGCCUUGCUGUCGGUUCCCGCCGGGCGCCGUGGCCGCGCUCCCCUCAGGGCUGGCGGCCGUGAGGCCCCCCGGUGCCGGCGGUGGAACACGGUGUCGCCGGGCCGUGGCGGGCUCUGGUGGCGCUUGUUCCGUGCGGGAGGGCUCGUCCUGCCGUGCCGGGGGUUCCUCCUGCCGUGCCGGGGGCUUGUCGUGUCCCUCGGAGUGCAGCUGCUGCCGUGACGUGCUCCGAAGAAGAAGCGGCAGAAUUGAGCGCGCAGUUUUAGUGCUUGUGAACACCCGCGUGUCCUGCGAAGAAGUUGUUCUAGGAUAUUUUUAACCUGGGGUUCUGCGGUUGCCAAAAUAAUAGGUAAUAAUGUGAAAAAAUUGCAGAAAUUUGCUUCUACAGUGAACAUGUGGGUCUUUGAGGAGAAUAUUAAUGGGAGAAAACUGACAGAUAUCAUAAAUAAUGACCAUGAAAAUGUGAAGUAUCUCCCUGGAUGCAAGCUUCCAGAUAAUGUGGUUGCUGUCCCAAACCUUCGUGAAGCGGUACAGGGUGCAGACUUGCUGGUUUUUGUCAUUCCUCAUCAGUUCAUCCAUAAAGUCUGCGAUGAAAUCACAGGACAAGUACCCAGGAAAGCGCUUGGCAUAACUCUCAUAAAGGGAAUAGAUGAAGGCCCGGAGGGACUCAAACUGAUCUCUGACAUUAUUCGAGAGAAGAUGGGAAUAGACAUCAGUGUGCUGAUGGGAGCUAACAUUGCCAGUGAGGUGGCAGCAGAGAAAUUCUGUGAAACCACAAUAGGCUGUAAAAUCUUGGAAAAUGGCCUUCUCUUCAAAGAACUCCUACAGACUCCAAACUUCCGAAUAACUGUAGUAGACGAUGCAGAUGCAGUUGAGCUGUGUGGUGCUCUGAAGAAUAUAGUAGCAGUAGGAGCUGGUUUCUGUGAUGGCCUUUGCUACGGAGACAAUACCAAAGCUGCUGUUAUUCGCCUUGGCCUAAUGGAGAUGAUCGCCUUUGCCAAAUUUUUUUGCAAAGGACCAGUUUCUACUGCCACUUUCCUGGAGAGCUGUGGCAUUGCUGAUCUCAUCACAACGUGUUAUGGUGGCCGGAAUCGACGUGUAGCAGAAGCAUUCGUUAAAACUGGAAAGUCUAUUGAAGAAUUGGAGAAAGAAAUGUUGAAUGGUCAGAAACUCCAAGGACCACAGACUUCUGCAGAAGUGUAUCGCAUCCUGAAGCAGAAAGAAAUGCUGGACAAGUUUCCGCUCUUCACAGCUGUGUAUCAAAUCUGCUAUGAAGGGAGACCUGCUGAAGAGAUAAUAUCCUGCCUUCAAAGUCAUCCAGAGCACAACUAAAAUCCAUCAGGCUGUUACACUAAUGCAGCUUUCUGCCUUUCGAAUUCAUAUCUGGGUUCAAGUGGAUGUAGCUAUCAUUAAGCUUUGUUCAAAGCUGCUCUUAGGCAACAGGAACAUGAAUGUCUCUGAGUGGGUGUUGGUGUUUGUUACCUGGCUUGGUUUGACACAGCAUGCGGUGUUGGCUUGGUGAUUGUCCUUUUACUGGCUAAAAUGCAACUCUUUUAAGAUACACAAUGCAAAAGUUGCACUACAUGCCUGGUAUAUAUCCACAAGUGUACUUUGAGUUUGCUCCUACACCAUAAAACACAAUGCUUUGUUGUCUCUUGUUAAAGCCUAAUCCAAAAUCCGCUGGACACUGUGGAAAGAAUCCCAGUGGUUUUGAUCAGAAUCAAGCCUGUAACCUUAAAGUAUUAGAAAUAUAUCUGUUAGAACUUUGUUUUAGUCUGCAUCCACAAUUAAAUGUUAACAUUUUGCAUGCUUAUUGCUAUGUUAAUUUAAGCAAUGUUAAUGCAAAACAAGUUGUAGCAGUUAUUCAGGGGGCUACAGGGAUAUUUCAAUGAACUCUAGUGAAGAAUAUUUUGAUUUUUCAGUCGUUGAAAUUGUCAGGCUGCUUUGAAACCAAUUUCUAAGUGAAUUUAAAGUUUUUAAUUACACUGUUUUAAAGGGAAUAUUCUAGAGGGGGAUCACUGUCUCCCCUUCUGUUUUUUAAUCCUUGAAUUUUUUGUAUUUCCCUUUCUCCCUUACUGUUCUUCAGUGUUUGGCUCUUGUAGAAUCCAAUUUCCCGAAGCAAGUCAGAGGUGUUGACCUGGGGGUUCUGAACCCUAGAGCCUACAGUUCAUUUUCUUGUUUUACCUGUGGUUGUUCUUCACUGGUAUUGUUGGUUGAGUGGUGAAGAAAACCGUUGGGUAUCCACUGCUCCAAGUUGUUCUGCUGUAUUUUUAGCUUAGCUGCAAAGUGUUGGGCUCCCCCCAACACUCCAAGGAAUGUCAGGGGAAUUCCCUGGUACAGCACAUGCCUGUAUCGUCAGAAGGUUUGUGUGCCAGUACGAUGACUGCAUUCAUUUCUGUGCCUGCCAGUGACUGGCACGUCCACUGGGCUGUAGUCCUGAUCCAGCCUGCCCAGUUCUGGAGUCACUCUUUCACUGGACAAAACUUUUAUGGGUGCUGAAUUAAAUCCUUUACAACUAAUCUCCCAGAAAGCUUCUCAAAGGCAUCCAUCUCUUUUAUUCCCCAGGAUAUCAAGUAGGUUUUUUUCAAGAGCCUUUAUUUUAUCAGGGAGAUUAAUUUUAUUUUUUAAUGGAAAAUCUGUGAUUUUAUGGAAUUUAAAGGGGGACGUUGGUUUGGUUGAUUUUUUUAAGAUUGAUGCAAGAGAAAAUAAGUAAAAUCUCUUUUGCUUUUCUUGUAUACAAAAGUGUGGGGGGUUUUGUGAAAUAUAUGCUAGGCACAUUAAGAGUGGACUCCUUCUUCCAACUGGGAGACAAGGGUUGGCAUUAGAAUUUAUAAACAAGACUGCCCAUCUGUUCUAAAUAUCCAUGCCUAACAUCUGAGCAAUUGUUCUGUUGUUCACUGUUGUUCACUGUUGUUCACUGUUCUCAAUGGUGGUUUCUAGAACAGAAAUCAUGAGCACACACCCAUCCUCAAACUUUAGGUUGUCAUUCAAAAUUUGCUAAAACAAAGAGGAUCCCUGGGAAUAAUUGUCAUGCUUGCAUAUGGAUUACUCUGAAAUAAGGAGGCUUUGGGGCAGCUUUAUGUAGACAGGAAGACCCUUCCACAUUUUUUUGUGCUCCUGUAUUGUUUUAAAUUAAUAUUUGGAAAAUCUCAUGAAUGUCCUCAGAUAUUCAGGGAUGUGAAAAGUUAUUUUGCCUUACUUCUGAUUUAGUGCUAAAUAUAAAAGAUGUCUGGAAGUUAAGUGACAUCAGACAUUUGUGGCCAUUGGGAACAUCACUGGUAGAGCUGACUUGGAGCAAGCACUCUCCUUAGACAUUUAUAAAAGGAAACCUUGUUUUAAGGUUGGAAGCACUGUUAUGUUAACGCACACAUGGAGCAUACACUCCUCAUUACUUCAUAACUUUCAGUGUGUUUGCUUAUGCUUUGUUUUGUUCUAUUUUUUAAUACCAAAUUGGUGGCUUUUUCUUUGUAUGUGUACAUGAUAUACAUUAUAUAUAUAAACUUUUUUUUUUUACAUGCAGUAUGUAGGACAGUAGCAUUUUGUAAGAUACAUAAAGGGCUAUAUGAGCUAAAUGUGGUAAAUUAAUAUAUAUUUUUAAAUUAUUUCUUUAUUAUUCCAAUACUUCUUCUACCACUGAAACUCCCAAAUCUUAAUUGUUCUUGUUUUGUAGAGAAGCCUAUAUUCUAAGGCAAAUCCAGAGAAAAGGUUUUUAUGGAAUUCUUUCCUCCAGUCUGUAACGAUAUUCUUUUUUUCAGACAAAAAGUGAGGUUUCAGUAACUAAAAUAACUAAAAUAGUUUGUUUAAAUUUCUAUUGAUAGUUCACUAUUUUCAUUUGCUUUCCAGUGCUGGAGAAUACUCAGCUUGAUACUAGGUAUUUUACCCCCACUAGUAUUUACUGCUCAUUAAAACACUUUGACAUGGUACUGGAACUGAAUGAUUAGAAGCCUGCUCUGCAAACACUCUGUUUUGCCUAGUACUGGGAUAGUCUUACUGAAAACAGCAACUCCUGUGUAAGGGGGUCGUAAAUUUAAUAAUUUAAAUUAAUAAUUCUUGGUAACUAAUUCUUGGUUUAUGAACUUUGCCGAGGAAGACAUUACAUUCUAACGAUACUCAAUUUGCCCUCGUCAUAUGUACUGAUUUUGUUUAGGGAUGUUGAAUGUAUACCUGUUUGAAGAGUUAGUACAAAUAAACAUUUUUUGUCUUGGGAAUCA